UCGCCGCGCGCCGCGCCGGCGGCUCUAGGAGCUGGUGGGUGCAGAUGGCGGCGGCGGAAGCGGCGGCGCACAAUGACCCCGGACCUGCCCAAGAGCUGCUGGUGGCCUGGAAUACCGUGAGCACCGGACUGGUGCCGCCGGCUGCUCUGGGACUGGCAUCCUCCCGGACCAGCGGUGCGGUCCCUCCAAAGGAGGAGGAGCUCCGGGCGGCGGUGGAGGUUCUCAGGGGCCACGGUCUGCACUCGGUCCUGGAGGAGUGGUUCGCAGAGGUGCUGCAGAACGACCUGCAGGCUAACAUAUCCCUCGAGUUCUGGAAUGCCGUCUCCCAACGUGAGAACUGUGCAGACGAGCCCCAGUGCCUUCUGCUGCUCCUCGAUGCUUUCGGGCUCCUGGAGAGCCGCCUGGAUCCCUACCUGCGUAGUCUAGAGCUCCUGGAGAAAUGGACUCGCCUGGGCUUGCUUAUGGGCACCGGAGCUCAGGGGCUUCGGGAAAAGGUUCAUACCACGUUGCGGGGCGUCUUGUUCUUUUCCACUCCCAGAACUUUUCAGGAGAUGAUCCAGCGCCUCUAUGGGCGCUUCUUGAGAGUUUACAUGCAGAGUAAGAGAAAAGGAGAAGGAGGAACCGACCCCGAACUGGAGGGGGAAUUGGACAGCAGAUACGCCCGCCGCCGGUACUACCGCCUUCUGCAGAGCCCACUCUGUGCGGGAUGUGGCAGUGACAAGCAGCAGUGCUGGUGCCGCCAGGCGCUGGAGCAGUUCCACCAGCUCAGCCAAGUCCUACACAGGCUUAGUCUGCUGGAGCGGGUCAGUGCCGAGGCUGUGACCACCACCCUGCACCAAGUGACCCGGGAGAGGAUGGAGGACCGCUGCCGGGGCGAGUACGAGCGCUCCUUUCUGCGUGAGUUCCACAAGUGGAUUGAGAGGGUGGUCGGCUGGCUGGGCAAGGUGUUCCUGCAGGACGGCCCCAGCAGGCCUGCGUCCCCAGAGGCCGGGAGCAGCCUGCGCCGGUGGCGCUGCCACGUGCAGAGGUUCUUCUAUCGCAUCUACGCCAGCCUGCGCAUCGAGGAGCUCUUCAGCAUCAUCCGAGACUUCCCGGACUCCCGGCCGGCCGUGGAAGACCUCAAGUACUGCCUGGAGAGGACCGACCAGAGGCCGCAGCUUCUUGUGUCCCUCAAGGCUGCCCUGGAGACACGACUCCUCCACCCAGGCGUGAAUACGUGCGACAUCAUCACCCUGUACAUCUCCGCCAUCAAGGCGCUGCGUGUGCUGGAUCCCUCCAUGGUUGUCCUGGAGGUGGCCUGUGAGCCCAUUCGCCGCUACCUGAGGACGCGGGAGGACACGGUGCGGCAGAUCGUGGCAGGGCUGACCGGGGACUCGGAUGGGACGGGGGACUUGGCUGUUGAGCUGUCCAAGACGGACCCGGCAAGCCUGGAGACUGGCCAGGACAGCGAGGAUGACUCGGGCGAGCCAGAGGACUGGGUCCCCGACCCUGUGGACGCGGAUCCAGGGAAGUCCAGCUCUAAGCGGCGCUCCUCGGACAUCAUCAGCCUGCUGGUCAGCAUCUACGGCAGCAAGGACCUCUUCAUCAACGAGUACCGCUCGCUGCUGGCCGACCGCCUGCUGCACCAGUUCAGCUUCAGCCCCGAGCGGGAGAUCCGCAACGUGGAGCUGCUGAAGCUGCGCUUUGGCGAGGCCCCGAUGCACUUCUGCGAGGUCAUGCUCAAGGACAUGGCAGACUCGCGCCGCAUCAAUGCCAACAUCCGCGAGGAGGACGAGAAGCGGCCCGCAGAGGAGCAGCCGCCGUUUGGGGUCUACGCCGUCAUCCUCUCCAGCGAGUUCUGGCCGCCCUUCAAGGAUGAGAAGCUGGAGGUUCCCGAGGACGUCAGGGAGGCCCUGGAGGUCUACUGCAGGAAGUACGAGAAGCUGAAGGCCAUGCGGACGCUCAGCUGGAAGCACACCUUGGGCCUGGUGACCAUGGAUGUGGAGCUGGCCGACCGAACCCUGUCUGUGGCGGUGACCCCUGUGCAGGCGGUGGUCCUGCUGUACUUCCAGGACCAAGCCAGCUGGACCCUGGAGGAGCUGAGCAAGGUGGUGAAGAUGCCCGUGGCGCUGUUGCGGCGGCGCGUGUCGGUGUGGCUGCAGCAGGGUGUGCUGCGAGAGGAGCCGGCCGGCACCUUCUCGGUGGUGGAGGAGGAGCGGCCCCAGGACCGGGACAGCAUGGUGCUUGUCGACAGCGACGACGAGAGCGACUCGGGCAUGGCCUCGCAGGCCGACCAGAAGGAGGAGGAGCUGCUGCUCUUCUGGACGUACAUCCAGGCCAUGCUGACCAACCUGGAGAGCCUGUCGCUGGAGCGCAUCUACAGCAUGCUGCGCAUGUUCGUGGUCACCGGCCCCGCGCUGGCCGAGAUCGACCUGCAGGAGCUCCAGGGCUUCCUGCAGAGGAAGGUGCGCGACCAGCAGCUCGUCUACUCCGCUGGCGUCUACCGCCUGCCCAAGAGCUGCGGCUGAGCCGCUGCCAGGCCCUGCCCCCGCCCAGCCCCCGAAUGAGAGUAAAGCAGACGGUUCUCCCUCCCUCCCUGUCCUGCUGGCUCUGUGGGCUUCGUGGACACGCGGUCAGGCUCUCCCUCCAGACCGGCCUCCAACAGAGCCUGGCAGAGCCCGGCUCCCGGGAGUCGGCGGGGAGCUGCACACCUGGGUUUGGGCUCCAGGCCGGGAGUCCUGGCACGUGGUGUCUCUGGGCCACCGUGGCUGACAGAGGCCCCCGUCACUCGUGGCUUGGGCAGGAGCUCACCGGGGGUGGGCUGUCUGGGAGAUGGGCCCUCCUGGGCCGCCCUCCUGAGGGACCUCCAGCUCCAGCCUCACCCCUCUGGCCUUUGAAAGAAGCCCUCGGGUCCCCCUCUCUCUGCUGGCGUGAGGGUCUGGCGUCCAAAUGCUGGGCUGAGAGCCCCAGGGCUGCUGCUGGGGCCCGGGGGGCUCCAUCAGAAUGCGUGAGGUGGGCGGGUGGCCAGGCAGCCCCUGUGAAGCCAAGAACUUCUUGCGUCUCCAGCAUGACGUGCUGCCUGGGACACGCCUAGGCUCGGGCAGCUGCUGUGCUGGGGGCUUCCAAGGAAGAGUGCUUUCAGAAAGGCCAGUUCUUUCCGUGCCCCGAGGCGUGUGGUCAGGAGCGCCUGGGGGCCUCGAUGUUCCUAGCACAAGAUGCCGGGCCCAGUGAGUCCAGCCAUCCCCAGAGCUGCGGCACAGGGCUGUUGUGUCCGGAGCACAGGGUCCUGUCCGAGGCCAGCACUGGGGGCCCCGCACUGCCCUUGCUCCCAGGUCCCAGGAGGCGGGGAGGCUGUUAGCUCUGCCAGGCCCGAGGCCUUCAAAGCUGCGCUCGGUGCUGCAGCCUCCGUGGCCCAGACCUUCACUUGUCCAGCGGGAACUGAUCGAGCCCGGUGGCGCCGUCCCCACGGCAACAAAGGCCCUUUGGAACGAACGUCUCCACUGCCCUGCUCCUCCCUGCGGUGCAUUCCCAGGCCUGGAGCCGUGCCCGCUGCCCCCACACACGCUGCGGCUCCUCACCAGUCUGCACCCAGUGCCCCCGCUCCUCUCUUUGGCCUGUUCUGCUCGAGGGCCCUAGUGUCCGUCCUGCUCUGGGGCUUUGCUUUUUUUUGUUUCUUGGCUGUGCCGUGCAGUUUCUGGGGUCUCAGUUCCCCACCCAGGGACUGAACCCAGGCCACAGUAGUGAAAGCCCGCAAUCCUAACCCCUAGACUGCCCGGGAACUCCCUCUAGGGCUUUUCCUUCUUGCUCCACGGAGUGGUGUUUGCUGUGGGGUUUGGAGAGAUGAGCUGCAUAGCCUUAGCAGUUUGAGGAGUGACAGGCCAGUGGGUCCCCCCCUUGGGCUCCACCUGCUUGGCCCCUCCAAGGCGGGCUGCACUGUGGUCACAAGAGGGGCUUGGGACUUCCCUGGUGGCGCAGUGGUUAAGAAUACGCCUGC